AUGACGUGUAUAAUUUGUAAGUUGGAGAUCUUGGACUUCGAACAAUACGGAUUAACAGGAAAUGAAGAUGUUUUUAGUUAAUGGAUUAAUCCAUAAAGAAUUAGGAUUGAAUAUCUCAGAUACUUUUAAAAGCAGGAGUUAAGUAUAUAGAGAUUUAAUUCUCCCAAUGUCGGCAUCUUAAACAUUGCUAAUUUUAGCUUCAUGAAUAGUGUUUUAUAAAUUUUACUCAAUUUUCCUACUAUUUAAUAAAUUCUCUCCAAAGUGCAUGCCGAAAUGGAGAAAGGUGACUUCAACGUGAAAUCCAUAAAAAAAAUAAUACUCAGAAACAUCUGUUGUAUAAGUGACGCUCUCAAAUCAAAAUCAGUGAAAUUGCUCAAUCCCACAGAACUCAUCAAAAGCAUUGCCCAAUCUGAAAGCAAAUUGUUGGGCUAUGGCCAAAAAGACGCUUACGAGGCAUUUAAAUAUUUGAUCAAUUUUUUGCAUGAGGAAUUUCGAUAUACCAACAGUGUUUCCUAUUGGAAAAACAUCAUCCCAUUUUUGAAUCAAGAAGCAAUCCCACACGAUUGGCUAUUAUUGUAAUUGUAUUAAUUCAAUAGGGGGGAUAGAAGUUAAGCAUCAAAAUUUCGGGAUUAUUCGUUCAUCUAGAAUGUCUUCUCUGGAGAACUGCAAUCAACGUUGCAAUGUCUGAAUUGCAAUCGACUUACUCUGGUGAAUGAAAACUACUCAGCCAUAUCACUAGAGAUCCCCUAAAUUAACGAAUAGAAUGUCAUCUCUAAAUUCUUCAAUAAAUUAACAAAAGAUAGACAAGAUGCCGUUACAUUACAAAAUUGUUUAGAUUUGUUUUAUGAGCCCAUUUAAGAAAUUAAUUUUCUAUGUCUAUGUGGAUCGCGAAAUGGUAGAAGAACAUAUAAAUUUAGCAAAUUUUCUAAUAUCCUUGCUAUCCACAUAUAAAGAUUCAAAAAUAAACAUUAAAAAGAUCAAACUUAUGUGUCUUUUCCAGUGGAACAAACCAACUUCUCCAACUUACUGAAUAUGCAAGGAGAUUUGAACUAUCAACUUUUUGGAUUGAUUGUUCAUUAUAGCAAUGUUGGUGGUGAUCAUUUCGAAUCCAUAGUCAGACAACCUAACAAUACCUUCAUUUCAAUCAGAGAUGAUCAAAUUAACCCAGUCACUCUCAAAUACGUAAAGGAGAGUGAAGCUCUUAUGCUCUUUUAUCAAAAAGUAGAUUCACCCACUAAUUACAAAACUAUUCACAAUGUCUUAACUUAGUAUGAACUAAUUUAAACUGGAGAAAUAGUAUUAAAAGACGAUGAAUUAAGCUUUUUGCCCAAUUUCUGGUUUGAACAAUUUUUGACUCUAAGCAAUCCUCAAAUGAUCAUCACAUCGCAUUUGCUGUGCUUUCACAAUCAAUUGAAACCUGACUAUUGGGACUUUAGACAAUCCUAUGAAAACGUUAGUUCACAAGAACAAAUGAACACUAGCUUUGUCUGUGAUCAAAGUAUUAUUUUGUAGCAAAAUAACAACUCCUCUUCUUACUUCUAGUUAUAACUCUAAUCUGUCUAAUUGCCAACUGCCAUAUGCUAAUUCUUAGUUGAAAAAUAUGGCGGGGGCCCUUUAAUAUAAAAGACUAUCUAAACUUGCACCGUUUGUAUUGAACAAGCUCAGAACAUGAGUAAGAGAAGAAAAUUGGAGAGAAGCUUGAUUUAAAAAUAUGAGAAUUGCCAAUCAGAUAGACAAUUCAUCAUCAAUCUGGAUUGGAUACUAAUGUGGUAAAGGUACCUCUACAAUUCAAAAUCUCAACUGCAAAAGAAUUUCAUAUUUGGCAAUCCUCCUCCUGGGGAAAUCAAUAAUUUACCACUUCUGGAUGGCAAUCAUCAACUGCUCCAAGACAAAUAGAUUGAGAAGGAUUACAGUCUCAUAAGUGAGUAAUUAUGGACAGUGCUAGUUUCAAUUUAUGGCGGAGGUACUUUAUAUUAAAAGUGUAUUGUAGGUCCCAUUAUUCAAGUAAGUUCAUCUUCUAUUGAAUAAGGCAAUUCUAAAUUAAAAGCAUUCGAUUUAGAUCUUGAAGACAAUAUUAAGGUUAAAGAAAUUAGGAUAAUUUUGAAUCAAUGCUUCAAGAUGUAUAAUAUUUGCGAAAAUAUAGAUUGUAUAUGA